AUGGAGGCGCAGGGCUGCCUCUCCUUCUGCCCGACAGCACGCCCGCCACCUCCCGCAGGCAAAGCCCCCCCAGCUCCAGGCCUGCAGCGGCGCAUCUUCCAGGGCAACCAGAAGCUACCGACCCCCCCUCAGCAUCACCCGCUUCCCCCGCAGCAGCAGCGGCUCAGCCCCAGGCCGGGCCGCUACCCGGACACUUACCCUCCAGACCAGGAGAAAGCGGCCCACAAAUACUUGGAGUCCCCCAGCCCGAGCCACCACGCGCUGUCUGUCAACGGGAAGGCUUUCUACCAGGCCGUGGCCGAAGCCAGAGAGAAAAGUGCCAAAGGGCAGGAGUACCAUCCUGUGCCCACAGACUGCAGAGCCCCGCUGGAAGAAGCCCCUGAUCUCAGCUGCUCCCCGUCUGCAUCUCUGGGCAGCUUGAGGGAGCACAUCUCCCCCGAGCUCACUGACACCAUGGAGCUAUCCAAGAACAAGAACAAGAAGAGGAGGAACAGGACGACCUUCAGCACCUUCCAACUGGAAGAGCUGGAGAAGGUCUUCCAGAAAACCCAUUACCCUGAUGUGUAUGCCAGAGAGCAGCUGGCACUAAGGACGGACCUAACAGAAGCCAGGGUUCAGGUUUGGUUCCAGAACCGGAGAGCAAAGUGGCGGAAACGGGAACGUUAUGGGAAAAUCCAGGAGGCAAGAAAUCCCUUUGCAGCCACCUACGACAUCUCUGUCCUGCCCAGGGCUGAAAACUACCCUCAGCUGCAGAAUAACCUGUGGCCGAGCACAGGAUCAGGGAGCCCUGCAGGCCCCUGCCUCAUGCCCCCCGAGAGCAUCCCUUCCCCCUGUGUGUCUCCAUACCCACAUUCCCAUGGGAACAUUGCCGGAUUCAUGGGCAUCCCUGGUUCUCCCAACCACCACCCUGGGAUCAACAACCUGUACUCCAUCCACGGCUUCCCCCCUUCCCUCAGCAGCCACAGCUUUGAGCCCCCGCCGGACAACGACUACAAGUCCCCGGGCCUGGUCACGCUGAGAAUGAAAUCCAAAGAGCCAGCCAGCCUGCUUAACUGGACCACGUGAUCACCCUGGAAGGAGCUGGGCUGAGGACACAACCCACCCAGCAAGUGGUUGGCAGCUCUUUGAAGCCAACUUUUCACAAGGGGUAGAGAGAGCUACCAGCCUGUGCUUUUCCUUUCCCUUCAGCCUCCCUGCACUCCACACCCAGCUGCUGGCACCUCAGACAGGAUCCCAGGGCUGAUGAGAACUGAGGAGCACAGCGGCCAUCUUCCUCCUUGUC